AUUAUUGCUCCUCAUUUGCAAUCCCCAAAUUAAACGAGGGAACACUUCACUGAUAGAAGAUAAGAGGUGUCAAAGAACCAGUUCUCAAUAUCGACAAUGUCAAGGAGAUUAUGCAUGUCUUCAACUUCUGCACUUUCUUGCUGCUGCUGUGAUAUUGGAAUUGGGAAACCCAUUUUUGAAUGCGCCUUUUCUCUAUUGCUCUUUUUCCCUCUUGUUCUUUUUUUGCCUUUUGUGUACACAUUUUGAUUCUCUUGAAAACACUAGAGUUUUGAAAAAAGAUUGUUCUUUAUUAAGUGUUGUACCUUAUUUCCAAUUAAAUAUUGUUCCAAUUUUAGAUUGGUUUCUCUGUUUUGCUGUUUAUUUUCUCAGAAAAUUUAAGGAAUGGAAAGGAAUGAAUUUUUUUUUUGAUAUAUUGUGUAUUUUUUUCUCGCAUGUUUAAAUGAUGUGCUUAAAUACUACAUUAAUCAAAUACGGUUGCUAACGAGACAAAUUUCACCCAUAUCAUCAUAUAUUUCUCUGCGUGAUUGAAAAUCUUGCCUUUUCUUAAUAACCAAACACUGGAUUUCACUUUCUUUCUUUCUUUUUUAAUCUUGCAUUUUCUUACUAACCAAACACUGAAUUUUCACUGUUUUUUUAAGUAACGGAUUAUGCAAUUUUUUUUUGCCCAGUAAAACAGUAUGUUGAUUGAAAUAGUGCAAAUAUUUAGGUGGGAAUGAAUUCAGAUUGUCACAAUAAUCUCAAUUCUUGGUAUAGUAUUCAUAUAAUCUCAAAAAAACAAGGGCUUAAUUAAUUUUGUUAUCUACUUCUGGGUAAGAGGCUCGAACAAUAUAUGAUUUGCUGCAUGUUGGUAAAGAAAAACAAAUCCGAAAAUUUAACUUGCUAAUGUAGGAUUAGAUGUGACUAAUAAUAUGAGCCCUUGGCACAGUAUAUUCCUGCUUGGGUAAGAGGAAAAGAUGAACAAAUCCUGAAGAAACUCCUGCUCGUGCUGAAUUGUACAUUGUUGGGCUUGGCAAUUGUGGUGAUCCAUGAAAAGAAGAAAAAUUAUACGGCCCACGGCCACUUUGGUUGCCGUCCACGUUGCACUGCCACAAAACAGUCACUGAGCUCUUUGCAAUACGUGUCCCUCAAGCUGAAGGGUCUUCUGCAGCUAUUUGCACCUGCCAAAGCUAGCAUUAAAAACUGCAAGUUCCAUAUAUCCUUGCAAGCCUAGGAAAUCUUGUUCUGUUCAACAUUCAAUUUCCAUUCUCGAGGAGUGCAAAUGAAGUUUACUGAUUGGACAUGUAAACCCCCAAAACCUGGAAAUUACUCAUAGACUAACUGCGGCAGAAGCCCUGCAGAUCCUGCUUCCAGAAGUGUAUGUAAUAUGAAUCAUUGAUCCAUUCUGUGAAUUGUGAUUCUUGAGAUUGAGCAGAUACUGUGCUUGCAAAGAUGGAGACCGAAAUUAGUAAUAACCAAGUAUCAGGUGAAGAAGAGAAGAUGAGCAAAUCCCUAAAGAAAUUCCUGCUCAUAGUGAACGGUGCAAUGUUAGCGAUAGGCAAUUGUGGAGGUCCCCUUAUCCAGCGUCUCUACUUCUUGAAAGGUGGUAAGGGUGUCUGGAUAUCAAGCUUUCUUCAGACAGCUGGUUGGCCAUUUAUCAUAUUUCCUCUCUUUGUUUCAUACUUGUAUCGUCGAAGGAAGAAGGGUUCCAGGGCCAAGCUUUUCUAUAUAAGCCCUCAUCUCUUUUUAGCUUGUGCUGUCAUAGGUGUUCUUACUGGCUUGGAUGAUUUUCUUGCUGCCUAUGGUGUUUCUCUUCUACCCGUCACUACUUCUGCUCUUAUAAUAGCUACCCAACUGGGCUUUACUGCUGGAUUUGCUUAUAUUUUGGUAAAGCAAAAGUUCACACCUUUUACCAUUAAUGCAAUUUUCUUAUUGUCGAUUGGAGCUGUUGUCCUAGUCCUCCAUGCUAGUUCUGAUCGCCCUGCUCAUGAAACCGACAAACAGUACUUUAUGGGUUUUUUUAUGACACUUGGAGCUUCAGCGCUUUAUGGGUUUGUGCUACCCUUGAUCGAGUUGACAUAUAAGAAAGCACAGCAGACCAUCACUUACACUCUAGUUAUGGAGAUGCAGAUGGUUCUGUCUUUCUUCGCUACUGCAUUCUGCACCGUUGGGAUGCUUCUGCAUAAGGAUUUUGCGACAAUUCCAGGAGAGGCAAGAGACUUCGAGCUUGGGAGAGCAAAAUAUUAUGUGGUGAUGGUGUUUACUGCAGUAUUUUGGCAAUUCUUCUUCAUGGGAGCAGUUGGUGUCGUUUUCUGUCAUUCCUCGUUGCUCUCUGGUAUUAUAAUUGCUACUCUGCUGCCAGUGACAGAGACAUUAGCUGUGUUGUUCUACCAUGAAAAAUUCCGAGUGGAGAAGGGGAUUUCUCUUGUUUUGUCUCUCUGGGGCUUCAUUUCUUACUUCCAUGGUGAACUCCAGCAAAACAAGAAACUUAGAAUCAGGCUUCAAAAUUAGGAGAAGUUCGAUCAUAUGUUGGAUAUAUGUAAUAAGUGCUUGUAUAUGUUUGUUACCAAGUUUCAGAUUGAGAGACAAUUGUUAUCAUGUGACCAUGCCUGAUUUAAAAGUUCUGUCCAACUGAAGUUUUUAACUGCAUGAUAAGCUCACUUGAAAUAAGAGAGUUGCUUCUUUA